UGCCUGUGCUGUAUGGAGCUGUUGUGUUCAUUAUUGUUUAAAGAACCCAAGACUGUGACAUAAAUUAACACCUUUUGUUUAUCUUCUUUAAAACUAUGUCACCAUAGUAACCUCACUUUAAAGUGCUCUGCAAGGGACAUUAUCCUAGACUGAAGGUGCAGUGGAGUACUUAGCAAAAAGGAUGAAGUAGAAGAAAACUUGUCGCUUGAAAGAUUUAGUAAUGCUGCAAAUGGCUUUUAAGGAUGAAUCAUAUACUUACAUGCAGCUGGAAUACUUGCAAAAAGAUGAUGUGCAUGGCAAGACCAAAGACAUCAUCUUCGAUCUUCCUGCCACCAUAAUGGAGACACCACACCGUGAUCCCAUCCUUCGCAUCACUUCCACUCCAGACAACACUUUCCUAGUAGUGGGACAAGAUGGACUACUGUCAUUCUGGACUCCAGAUCUGCGACUGAAGAAAACUCGGUCUAUCCUUGAUGAAAACAAACAAAGCCGGAAAUUGAAAUGGAUAGUGGAUUCAACACUGAUGCUACAGUACAACAAACUACUUAUUGGAACAUGUGACCGGGAAAUUCGUUUCUAUGAACUUUCUAAUUUUGAACCCUAUUGUCAGAUAACUGGCCUUGAAACAAUGCCUCUACGACUGGAAUACAGUGUUACUGGAAAGGAUGACUGCAUAAUAUUGUAUGGUGAUGAACAGGGGUGUGUUAACAUCUUCCAAAUCUCAUUUGUGGGACAAACUCUCAGAAACUGGAGCAAGUGUCCUAUGGUGGAGGAAAUUCCCACCAUCACGAUAGAAAAUAUCACUGAUAACAGAUAUGUUAAGUACAUCCGCUGGAAGGUUCAUAAUGACUGGGUGACACAGGUUAAAUAUGUUCAUGCCAUCCAGUCAGUUAUAUCGAGUUCAAAUAAUGAGGACACAGCUCUUGUUAUAGGUUGUGUCAAAGGGAGCAUAAACCUGCAGAAACGUCUAAAAGAAGUGACAGAUGGGAGCAGUAUUAGAAGUAAAAGGGCAAUGCCACCUGGUGGCACUCCUUCCAGAAGGUUCAGCUGUGAUGAGUCCAUUUUCAAAGUGUACAAAGGAGUGAAAACUUUUGAUUUUUCUAAGGAAAGGAAUAUUCUUGUUACUGGUGGAAUGGAUAGAAUAAUCCGUCUAUGGAACCCAUACGUCCCUGGGUGGCCUAUUGGUUUAUUGAGAGGGCAUAAUUCACCCAUCAGUUACCUGUGCAUUGCUAAUGGAAACAGCAGAAUUUAUUCUGUCUCCAUGGACAACGCUGUUAUGGUAUGGGAUAUUGAAGCUCAGAGCUGUUUGCUCAGUGUAAUAUCCAAGGCUAGUCAGAUCAAAGGUGAUCUAGCAGCAUGCCAUUUCUCACAUGACCUGCAGUCUCUAUGUAUUGCAACAGACAACCUGGCCUUGUUACAGCUCAGAUACAAGGUUGCACAGUCACCUAAUUCAUCAGUAUCCCACAAUGAACCAGUUCUCUGUUGUCUGUACAAUAAGCUUUUACGUCAAGUCUUCAGCUGCUCUGAAGGAUCGGUUAUUAAAGUGUGGGAUCUGGAAACAGGGCUACUUGUAUCUGAAAUUACAGAAGCACAUGGAGAUUCAGCUGUAACAUGUAUGAGCUUGGACAGUAGCUGUGAAAGAUUAAUUACUGGUGGGAGAGAUGGCUACCUGAAGAAAUGGAACUACAGCAAUGGUCAGCUUACACAGACUCUGAAACAAGCUGCUGGUUCAACUGAUGAAGUCAGUGACUGUAUCUCUGUACAAAUUCAUGACAAAAGGUAUAUAAUAUCAGUGGGAUGGAACAGAAGAAUCAACAUUUUUCCGGAUCUCCCAGAUGAUGUCUGUGAAACCUGCUACCCACAACCUCACUGGAAUGAUGACUUGAACCAUGGCCACAAAGAUGAUAUUUUAAGUAUCUCCCACUGCCCCCCAAACCUACUGGCUACCUCGAGUUACAAUGGUGAAGUCAUUGUGUGGAAUCUAAUUUCAGGACACAUUUUGUGUCAUCUCUGGUCAACAACUCCUUCACCACCAGAUGCCAAUGAUGAUGAUUUAAACAUAUGCAAAGUUCUUUUUAUCCCAUCAAGGACGGAGAAAAAGAAGACAGCAGCAUCAUUAGUUGCCAGUGGCCCCAAAGGUUGUAUUCACUUCUGGAAUGUGUAUGAAGGCGGGAAGUUGCUGGGACACUUUGCUGGGUCUAGGUAUAAAGCUGUGGUCUGUGAUCUUGCCAUCAGUGCGGAUGACACCAUACUCUGUGCUGCUGACCAGCUUGGCUUUGUUUACCUCUGGGCUAUUACAGAAUAUGCUUACCACCGACAGGAGAGUGACCCACCAUCAUUGAUCCAUUCAUGGAGUGCUCACCAGGCGAGUGUUACAAGCAUUGAACUAAUUUCUGAACUUCAGCUGCUGGUAACCUCCUCAACAGACUGUACUGUUAAACUUUGGAGUCUACAGGGAGAGCAUGUGGGCACUUUUGGACAAGCUGAACCAUGGAAUAUAAAACACAGGAUUGCUCUCGAGUCCAAAUACUCAGGAGGGACAGUCAACACAGAAGGCAUUGCUCCACAGACAUUGCAUAUGCAAACAAAAGAGUACAGUUCCGAUGGAAAAAACACCAAGAAGAAUGCAAGUACCAACCAGGAAAUUCCUGUGCCACUCUCAUUAAAAGAUGAUGAAAUUGAACAGGAGCUGAAGACACACAAAGAGAAACUAGCAAGCAGAGUUCAAUAUGAAAAACCCAAACAAGCUGAGGUCCAUCAAGCAUAUGGCAAACUAAAUGCCUAUCAGUCUUUACCUCUCUGUGACCUGGUCUACGUAUCACCAGCAAUCUACAAGCCAAAUCCAGCAGCUGACCUCAAUGACCCCUAUGACCUGGCAUUCUGAAUACAGCAGCCCUCACCAACAAAGUUUGCAGGUUGCCUGUUUCUCGACUGUGCUGCCUAGUACAGGCACCAGUGUACAGAAGGCAUCUGAGUGAAUAAAGACUGAUCUGUUCUCAUUACUACUACUUGUUACAUGUUGUGCUGCAGAAAUGUAGCAGUUAUUUGAACAUACAAAUAAAACUGACGUGUUAUUUGUACAGUUGUACUAUUAACAAAAUGUAUAGUCACAAUUCUAAGAAUUUUUACUGUAAAACAGUUUUAGUUUGUUAUUGCUUAACUAUCACUAAAGCUGUAGGUGAUUAUUCUUUUCGUAAAUAUCCGGCAUCUUGUCUGGUACUUUCAUUAUUUACCCUUAUUUGGCCACAUAUUUGGGACUGUGAGUGUAAAAUGUUCAAUAAAUGUGCUGCAUUGUGCUUUACAUA